AGCAGGAUGGCAGAGCAGCCCUGCCCAGCACCUGCCACCAGCCCUCCCCAGCAGGGCAUGGCCCCAGGUCCCCUGGCUGGCCCCACACCCCUGGGGCUCCGAACCCACCCCAGGGACAAGUGGAGCAAGAAAAUGGAUUUCCUCCUCUCGGUCAUCGGAUUUGCUGUCGAUCUGGGCAACGUCUGGCGGUUCCCUUACAUCUGCUACCAAAACGGAGGGGGAGCCUUUCUCAUCCCAUACACACUGAUGGCUGUUUUUGGAGGGGUGCCCCUCUUCUACAUGGAGCUGGCCCUGGGGCAGUUCCACAGGAUGGGUGCCAUCCCCAUCUGGAAGCGCAUCUGCCCCAUCUUUAAAGGCAUCGGCUUCGCCAUUUGCAUCAUUGGCCUGUACGUCUCCUUCUACUACAACACCAUCAUCGCCUGGGCUCUCUACUACUUCUGUUCGUCCUUCUCGGGCACGCUGCCCUGGGCAAGCUGCGACAACCCCUGGAACACACCCAACUGCACCAACUACUUUGGGAGGAGCAACGUGACCUGGACCAACUUCUCCAGGUCCCCUGCUGAGGAGUUUUAUAUGAGGAAAGUCCUGGAGAUCCAGAAGUCUGGGGGUCUGUACGACGUGGGGGGGAUCCACUGGCAGCUGCUCCUCUGCCUCUUCCUCAUCUUCACGAUUGUGUACUUCAGCCUCUGGAAAGGGGUGAAAACCUCUGGGAAGGUGGUGUGGGUGACAGCCACGCUGCCCUACAUUGUCCUGCUCAUGCUUCUGGUCCGGGGGGCCACCCUGCCCGGCGCCUGGAGGGGAGUUGUCUUCUACCUGCGCCCGGACUGGAGCAAGCUCCUGAGCACCGCGGUUUGGGUUGAUGCUGCUGCACAGAUUUUCUUCUCCUUGGGCCCUGGAUUUGGUGUACUUCUUGCUCUGGCCAGUUACAACCAUUUCCACAACAACUGCUACCGGGACGCACUCGUCACCAGUGCAGUGAACUGCCUCACCAGCUUCCUCUCAGGCUUUGUCAUCUUCACUGUGCUGGGCUACAUGGCUGAGAUGAGGGAUGUGGAAGUGGAGGAUGUCGCGAGAGAUAAAGGACCAAGCCUCCUCUUUAUCACCUACCCUGAAGCAAUCGCCAACAUGGUGGGAUCCACCUUCUUCGCCAUCAUAUUCUUCCUGAUGAUGAUAACGCUGGGGCUGGACAGCACGUUUGGGGGCUUGGAGGCCGUCAUCACAGCUGUGAUGGAUGAGUACCCCCAGGUCCUGGCUGGGCGACGGGAGCUCUUUGUCCUCGGCCUCAUCACAGUCUGUUUCCUGGGCUCCCUGAGCACCCUCACCUACGGGGGAGCCUACGUGGUGAAGCUGCUGGAGGAGUUUGGUGCUGGCUGCUCAAUCCUGGCAGUGGUGCUACUGGAAACAAUAGCUGUCUCCUGGUUUUAUGGGAUACAGAGGUUCUCCCACGAUGUGAAAGCCAUGCUGGGCUUCAUGCCAGGGAUGUUCUGGAAGGUGUGCUGGGUCGCCAUCAGCCCUGCCUUGUUAGCGUUCAUAGUUAUCAGCUCCCUCCUGGACCAGCCACCUCUGACACUCUUUGACUAUCAGUACCCUGAGUGGAGUAUCUUGGUGGGGUACCUCAUAGGAGCAUCGUCCUUCAUCUGCAUCCCCUUCUACAUGGUGUACAAGCUCAUCUGGACGCCAGGGUCCUUCAAGCAGCGCCUUGCUGUCUGCAUUUGGCCAGAGAAAAUAACACGAGACCUGCAAGCAGAAGUGGUGUGCGCGUCACCUGUCCUGUAGCCCAGUGGGAUGUCCAGGGGCACAGACUGCUUCAGCUUCCUGCCCGUGCCCUGACAAAGCACUGGGGCAGGCAGAAGAGAAGCUGCCAUCACCUUCCUCACAGCCAACUGCCCCCCGCAUCUCCCCUGGUGGCUGCACAUGCUGGCGGCAGCUCCCCGGCUACCGGCUCCUGUUGUGUCAGAGCAUCUUGUCGGAAGCGGCGCGGAGCCCGUUCUCUCUGCAGGCAGGAAAACCUGAUCCCCAGCAGGGAGAAUGGGACCCGCCGCUGAGUCCCGUGGGCUGGAAGGGGCCAAACUCCUCCGGUUUGGAGGUGAACCCUGACUCCUGGUGAAGACGGAGGAGUGCCGCUGCAGAGGGAUUGCUGUCCGACUGUACAAGCUGUGAACACGCCUUGCUUAGAGACACUCGCAUCCUUGCUGUGCAAACCUGCUUGGCACAAGUAGUGCAUGCCUUUAGCCGUGCCGUGAGUGAUGUGGAAAAUAAAGCUGCUAUCAAUUGUUAAAAGAUCGGACGAGGGAGAGGAGCCAGAGCUCACUGUGCCGUGUUGAUGCAGUACUGUGGUGCGGCUGAGAGCACAGGGCUGGGCUGGGGGAGGAGGGGGGCUGCCACUGUCCUGACACACAAAUACCUUGUUCCAUUGCAAAGAUCAAAAGUCUGGGAGAGAAACUGUGUGGCCCCUCGGGUACAUACUGCUGCGGCAAGACAGGCUCCUGCCACCCCAUCCCGUCAUCUUGAAGGUCAUCUUGAAGAAGACCUACACAUACAUCAUUUUAGAAACAAACAGGCUCAGGGUGAAGCAGCCCCGGCGCUGGUAUAAACCACCCACUGUCCACCUGUCACAGUUUCCCAAUAACAUUGCGCUGCUUCCGAUGCUCUCGCCAUUUCUCCACAGUUGUUAGCCCGUCGAAUGUGUUCCAGCAGCCGGGUCCAGCUCAGUGGAGGCGGAACCGCAGCUCCUGCCCCAUGCCUCAGCCAUGUGCUGGUUUUACUGUGGUGCCCCUCACCGUGCCCUCCUGGCAGCUCCUGCUUUCCUUUGGGGUGAUGCAGAACCGACCAGGAGAGUGCAGCCAAG